AUGCUCGAGAUGAAUCUCAUCACUCACAUUCUGGUGACACCCAUCAUGAAAUCUUUCUACCGUAGUCGAGUCGGUGCUUGCUUCAUCAAUGUCCCGAUCCAAAAUGGCGCCACUUUGAGUGUCCGUGAACCAUCUACAGUCAGCGUUCGAGUACUCUGCGAUGGAUCGAUGGUGUCCUCGACCGGGUGUGAAUUCACAUACAUCGAUGAAAAUACAGAUAAUAGCACUCACCUCAACAUUCAAUCGCUCGUCGACAGAAUGCAACUCUUUGUAGCAGCCUUCAAUGUGCCUCAAUUCUUGAAUGAUUCGCCUUUAACGACCUCAACACUAAAUGAGGAGACUUUUCUUUCGAUCGUUCGCUCUCUCCUUCAACAUCAACUGAAAAAUCCUCACCUCUUGCAACCUCAUCGAAAUCUCCCCUCGCGAACGCUUCUCCACUUAGCCGCCGCUCUCGACUAUCACCGUUUUACUGAAUAUCUUUUAUGGUGGAGACGUUCUCUACCGUACACCCGUGAACUCGAUCCAUUGAGUCGCGACUCUGAAGGGUCGACUCCGCUUCAUUUAGCCGUAAAGGCAAGGAAUUUCGGCACCGUCAAAGUUCUUGUGAAAGCUUGUCGAGCCACAGUGGAUGUACUCGAUGAUCGUGGAAGAACUCCAUCAGAUCUCACCUCGGAUCCCGGGCUUUCAAAGCUGACCGCUCGCUUUGAGGAGGUCGAAAAGACGAGUGGAAUCCCGACAAGUAUGGAAGACGCUGAGCACAUGGCUGCAACGGCUCUUUGGGUCUUCACAAAUGGGGAAACGGUUACAGAUGAAAGGAGACAAGAUACACAAAUGAAUCGAAUGAGUGUUCAUUCAUCAACUUCACCAGCAAGUCUGCGCGAAGAGAGAGAACGAGAGGCGAAUCCGAUGAUGAUUAAAAUCUCGAUGGACACAGCCGACGUUCAUGUGCCCGAUUCGCCAAAAAUGGCUGAUCUCUUUGAUGCGGUGACUAGCCCUGGCGUUUUCGUGAAUGAUUGCGUUCGCGAGAAAAUGGCUCAACUCGCGCAGCACAUCAUUGACGCGUUGCCCGAAAGGAUUAAAGCCGAUCCACCGCAGAACAACGCGCAAAUGCAUUCCCUGGAUGAUCAUCAAGCUCAUCACGGUUUCUCAUUUGCCGGCGAAUCGCCAAUGUUCUCCUCGAAUGGUUUUGUUGUACCUGAGCUUGAUGAUUAUAUGAAUCUUCAUUUUGGUCCAUCCACAUCACACCAAAAUAGUUUCAGCACAAAAACGAUCCCCUCGGAUGACGGGAUGAGCAUCAAUCACUCUCCGACAUUCAGAAGAUCGGUGUCUCAUUUGUAUCCAUUCGGCGGACGGGAAUCGUUUCCCUCAUCUCGCGCGACCACUUUCGAAUCCGGUAGCUUCGACCUUGAUAAUUCCAAAGAUUUGGGCGAAUUCCUCAACAGCGAGGCGACAACUGAGAUCGGCCCUUUACAGCAACAGCUGGGAGAUCUGAAGUUAUCGGAGAGCGAGCAACGUGACGUGUACGAAGCGGCGAAAACCAUUCAAAGGGCUUAUCGGGAGUAUCGGUGUGGAUUUUGCUCGAAGACGAGUUCGGCUCCACAUGCGGAAGCCGAGCGUAAUGCGGCGAUCACAAUUCAGAGUUUCUAUCGGCGAUAUAAAGCGUUCCAAUACUUCAAACGUUUGUACAACGCGGCGAUCCUCGUGCAGAAGCAUUUCCGAAUGAAGAAAAAGGAUCAAUCGGGAAGCGUUGAGAGCUCGGAUCGAGUCGCGGAUCGCUUUACCCGAUCAUCCAACGGUGGAUGGGAGAAGCAUUCGGAUACAGGUGGGGUUGAUGGC